AUGACGACUCUUGGGCUUUUACUUUCUUGUUUUUUAUUAAUAUUGGAUGUAGUUUUGUCAAAUACUACGAAAGGACUUUCAAGUGUUGCUUCUAAAGGUAGUAGUAAUAGCAGUCUUGAAUUUGAAGAAAUACCAGAUGAAGGCUGGGAGUUUGAAAACACAAGUAUAGUAGAUACUCGAAGGAUAUUGUACAGCAAAAAAGUUGGCCCUGGCAAGAGACCUUAUAUGGUCUACCUUCAACUAACAAAAGAAUCAGCUAAAGCUCACAAGUACCGCGGCUGGCUUUGCGGGGGGGUUAUCGUUGAUCCUUUCUACGUCCUGACUUCUGCCGCGUGCGUGGAAGAUGCGGACAAGUUCUACAUUGUCUCUGGUACAACCAAAUAUGUGGACAGCUUUGAUUACAAGAAGGAUGAAUGCGUGUGUAAACACCGUAGGAAGGUCGUGUGGAAAUGUAUACCUAAAAACUAUAAAUUCGACUUCAAAGACAGUGUAAAGUGGUCUUCUAACGACAUAGCCAUAGUGAAAGUGGACAAGCCAUUCAAACUGGGCGUGCUAGAAAAAGGAUGCGAAUUUGCAACGGAUCUUAUUUGUUAUAAUAACAUUAGUAGGGAAUUGGAAAAGGCCGGGACUAAGGGUUACAUCGCUGGAUGGGGAAGUGGCGGCAACUUUAGAGAGGGUGUGUAUCGUCGUCAAAAAGUCCAUAUACCAGAAAACGCCAAAUAUCUACAAGAGGCAAAAGUGUGCAUAAUGGACAAUGAACAGUGCGCCAAGAAAUGGGCUAAAAGAUUUAGGGAAAUUAUCGCUCAAUAUAUGAUCUGUACGAAGGACCUUACGAAGAGGUUGAGUGAAAUUUGUGAUAAAAAGUACGCAAACUGCACAGACGUAGAAAGUAGACGAGUGGACCAAGAAGAUGAUGAACAUGCACCGUUCCGUAUCGACGUCGGAAGACAUUUACGAGACCCUGACGAUUAUACCGCGAGGCGAUUUGUUAAAACGGGUGGUUUUUGUGAGAACGAUCACGGCGGCCCGUUGAUAGUAAAGUAUCAGGGCAAAGAGCGUGCUACCGGUGUUAUAUCGGCGUGUAAAAUUGAUCCGAAAAGCCACCGCUGCCAUGGACCCUUCCUCUACACGAGUGUCUUUCAGAAUCGACAGUUCAUAUCUUGUGCCAUUAAUAAGGACGUUGAAAAACACUGUAGGAGAGUCUUCCGUUCUGGUAUUACUCACGAAGAAUGGUCCGUCACUUGGAAUAAAGAAGACGAAGAUGAUGACGAUGACAAAGCUUUGAGAAAGGACGAUAAGGCUGAUGACAGUGGCGAGAAGCAUAAGGACAUUUUAAGAGAAAAAGAGAAAAAAGAUAAAGAUUCAGACAGCUCAGACAGUGAUAGAAAAGAAAAGGCAACAAAAUCUGACAAUUCACAAAAAGAUCAUAAAGGUAAAAGUAGCAGUAAGAAAACCAAAAGGCACAUAAAAGAAAAAAAUAAGAAAGUAAAUGCUAGAACACACGUGCGGAAAGACCACGAUGAAGUCUUCUAUGAGUCCAGUCGCGAUGACAACGUCAAUGAACCGGACGAUGUA